AAUCAGCAGCGCAGGACAAAAGUUUGGAGCAGCGCUAUGUAGAAGAACACCCAGCGCAGAGUCUUUUUUUGUUUGCGACCAGGCUGCGUCCCUUUCAAUUUCACUGUGUCUGUUAAAGUGAGACGGGCUGCACUAAAGAGUGGGGGAGAUCAACAUAAGGAGACCCAACGGAGGCGCUUGAGCCAGGAAAGAAGUGCUGUGAGGAAGAAACACCGUGUCUCAAACUCUCACACACGCACAAACAACAAAGCCUCGCCCGGAUCACAGCCUACACAACACAGCGCUACACCUGCUUUCCUGCUCUAGCAUGGCCAGUUCGAGUAAAGCCACUUUAAUCUUGCUCAUCUACGGAAUCUUAAUGCACUACAGCGCCUUCUGUACACCUAUAGGACUAAGUUACCCUAAGAUCAGACUUGAAAACGACGCGUUUGAUGAGGAUGGCAACUCUCUAUCCGACAUGGGCUUUGACAGCGACCAGCUUGCUAUACGAAGCCCCCCAUCUCUAAACGACGAUGCGUACAGCCUGUACUACCCACCAGAAAAAAGACCAGAAAGGCAUGCUGAGGAAGAAUUAGAUAGAGCCUUGAGGGAGAUCCUGGGUCAGUUAACAGCGAGACAUUAUCUGCAUUCUCUGAUGACUGUUCGUGCAGGUGACGACAACAGCAUGGAGGAAGAGUCAGAGCCCCUGUCCAAAAGACACUCAGAUGGGAUCUUCACCGACAGCUACAGCCGCUAUAGAAAGCAGAUGGCCGUGCAGAAAUACCUGGCAGCGGUUCUGGGUAGAAGGUACAGACAGAGAGUUAGGAACAAAGGACGCCGGCUCGCCUAUUUGUAGCUCCGUUAAAAGAAAGAAAAAAGAAAGAAAAAGCGCCCAAAACUGCCCUCCUGUGUAUAUACAUCCAGUCGUUAACUCAAAGUCAUUCAGAUAUACCUGACCAACCAGUGGAUUGCGCCUGUGUUCUUUCAACAUGUAUUUAUGUAUGAAGUAAAGCCAUUAAAAUGAAUAUUUUAUUAAUAA